AUGCAUUUGGCAGAAACACUUAUUGAUGGAGAUGGUACAAUCAAUGUUGCCGGAAUUGAAAACUUCAUGAAAGUGGUGAAAUUAGCUGAGUGUGGGCUUUCCUAUGCCGUAGUUUCUAUAAUGGGUCCACAAAGUAGUGGCAAGAGCACACUCUUAAAUUCUUUGUUUAGUACCAACUUCAGAGAGAUGGAUGCAUUUAAGGGAAGGCAUGUUUUUGCAACUCCCAUUUGUCUCUUCGACAUUGCACUGUCAGGAAGAUGUGUUGGCAUUGAACCAUGUACACUUGUGAUGGAUUUGGAGGGUACAGAUGGAAGAGAACGUGGAGAGGAUGACACUGCAUUUGAAAAGCAGAGUGCUUUAUUUGCUUUGGCUAUUUCUGAUAUAGUGCUAAUAAACAUGUGGUGCCAUGACAUUGGCCGUGAACAAGCUGCAAAUAAGCCUCUUUUAAAAACUGUGUUUCAGGUCAUGAUGAGAUUGUUUAGUCCACGCAAAACAACACUACUGUUUGUCAUACGUGAUAAGACAAAGACGCCACUUGAAAAUUUAGAGCCUGUUUUGCGUGAAGAUAUUCAGAAGGUGAUUCAGUGA